CUUCAAGUUUUCUCUGGGUUGUAGCAAGACAGUUGUUUGACAUGGAGAGGACAAGUCACAGAGGAUGACAAACUUUUGACAUAUGUUUUCAGGAAUGUGUUUUUCGUCAUCAUGUCCAGAUGAUGAUGGCCAAAGUGCAGCUGAAACUUUUCAUAAGUGCUGGGGAAAGGAGUUUUCAUGUAAGUUAAGAGAGAGCGGACCAGGAUCCUUAGUCAAGUCUGUUCGCUUUAUUAGUUGAGACUUGUUGGUAUUUUUCUGUAUUCAUCUUCUUCACGUGCGCUUGUAUCUGAUGUGACACUUACUACUGGAUUUUAACGUAAAACAUUCAGACGAAUCCAAACUUCAACUCAGCUUUAUUCCUGACCUGUCAGAUUGGCUUAAUUGACGCCAACACAAGUAUUGAAUUGAACGGACAUCAUGCAGAAGCUGAACUCGGUAAACAGUCACGAGGAGCUCCAGCAGCGGCUGGCGGAUCACGGCGGAUCCGGAGACGCGGCGCGGGAGAACGGCACGAAACGCAUCCCGAGUCCCGCGGAACCUUCGGACACGGUUCAGUGCUCCAGCAGAAAGAUGCUGGUCGGGCUGGACAUCCUCUGUUUGCUCGUGGCCUCCAUUCCAUUCUUUGUCUGUGAGCUCAAAGCGGUGACUGCAUACAAGAGGGGCUUCUUCUGUGGGGACACCAGCAUCACUUACCCAUACAUAGAAAGUGAGGCCAUUCCUGACAGUAUGCUUAUAGCUGGGGGCAUCAUAAUCACAGGACUUACGAUUGCUGUUGGAGAGUGUUGCCGGGUACGAUUCAGAGGUGUGCACUCACGGGCAUUUGUGCGCAACCUCUAUGUGUCCUGUCUGUACAAGGAGCUGGGGAGCUUCCUGUUUGGCUGCUGCGUGGGGCAAUCCUUGACCAACAUGGCGAAACUAAGUGUGGGCCGACUCCGUCCCCACUUCCUGACGGUGUGCAAAGUGACCUAUGCUUCACUCAACUGUGUACCUGGAACCUACAUCUCAGAAGAUGUCUGCAAGAAUGAGACUUUGAUAGAUGGAAAGAUAGUGGAAGAGGCCAGAAAGUCCUUCUUCUCGGGCCAUGCAUCUUUCGCCAUGUACACCAUGCUUUACCUGGCAUUCUACCUGCAGGCGAGGUUGUCAUGGCGAGGGGCACGGCUCCUGCGACCGUUGCUGCAGUUCAUGUUGGUGAUGUUAGCAGUGUACACAGGACUCUCUCGCAUUUCUGACUACCGCCAUCACCCCACUGACGUCCUGACCGGCUUCUUGCAGGGAGGACUGACCGCGUACUGGGUGGCCUUUUAUAUCUCGUCCAUGUUUAAGACAUCUUGUCCAGGCAUGUCUCCAACAAGCUUGUCUCUGGAGAGUCCCCUGUCCAGUCAGCAGACCGUCUGCUAACAAAGACAUCUAAGAGACGCGAAAGAGUGAAAAUGGGAGUGAUCGAGUGAAGAACUGGAAUGGGACAAAGAACGUUAAAACAUGAUCAUGUCUUGACAGAGAACCAUUUCCUGUGCACUCUGAGAGAAGAACAGCAAUAUAUAUAUAUAUAUAU